GCGCAGAUGAAGCCCAUGCACCUCUUGCUGCUGCGGUGGUAUCGGAAGAACCGCGAUAAGCCGUAUGCUCGUAUGGCGCUCGCAGUGCUUUUGUCCCGCUCUGUAGAGCGACCUCUGGUUCCCGACGUCCGCUUCAAACUCCUAGAGAUGAGCGACGCCGACGCUGUCCUUUCCUUUCGGUUCGAUGUCGACGGCAUUCAACGCCUGAGAACGCAACUUGGUAUCCCCCACGUCAUCGUAACGGUGGACCGGUUUCCAACGACGUACUACGACAUGAUGAGUACGUUCGGUCGUUCUCGUCCGCAACUCUGUCGGAUCUUUUACUACGUCGUGGAUCUGAUCUACAGGACAUGGUGGGAUAUCAUCUACUUUGCCAAGGUCGUCGACCGCCAGCGUAUCCAAGCGUACGCGGAGGCGAUUCAUCGCCGCGGCGCUCCGACCACAAAUGUCUUUGCGUUCGUCGACGGCACCAAGGUCCCGACGUGUCGUAUCUCGGCAGCCUCGGCACCAGAGCCCGACAUGAAUCUGCAACGGUUGAUCUACAGCGGCCACAAGCGUCGCCACUGCCUCGUUUACCAAGGCCUUACGGCCCCCGACGGGCUUUGCAUCCACGUGUACGGCCCCGUUGAAGGACGACGCCAUGACACGACGGUGAUGCGCUUCAGCAAGCUCCUCCAGUUCUUUGAAGGCCAAUCUCUGACGUUUGAAGAAGGCGCGGACGGCGAGGACGCGGAUGAAGAAGAGCGAGGUCAAAUCCGCACCGUCGAAGGCCGACCUCAAACGUUAAACGACUUCAUGAUCUACGGCGACCCGGCGUACGGGAUCUCCAACUGGGUCAUGGUCGGCUACAAGGGCAACAACGUCAACUGGCAAAAGAAGGAGUUCAACCGCAGCAUGAGCCAAGUGCGCCAGUCGGUCGAGUGGAACUUCGGUCGCAUGAAGACGCUAUGGGCAAGCCUCCAGUUCACACCGCAACAAAAGAUCAUGCUUAGUCCCGUCGGCAAGAUUGUCAAGGUCGCGAUGUUCCUCACUAACCUCAACUGCUGCUAUUACGGCGGUAAUCAAACCUCGGACUACUUUGGUCUGGUGCCUCCGACACUUGAAGAAUACUUGUCCCGUUAACGAUAUAAUGGACGAAAUUCAU